AUGUUAUCGCGAAACAUUAAAAAUUGUGUGCCUCUGUUGUAUAGCGUUUUAUUUCGCCAUUUAUUGCAAAAGUGGCACAGGAACAAUGGAUUCAAUCAAUAUUUCAAAGAAGGGUAUAUUAAAGAAGAAGGGUGCCCCGUUUACUCGAAGCAACAGCGUCGGUCUCGAAGGCAAGUUCCCACCAAACCCAGAAUGAUUUUGGACGAGAAUGGUGUUUGGCGUCCGGGAGAACAAGACGACAAUGAACAUACCGAAGGAAGACAUCAGUUACAAUGCUCCUUAGCAGAUCGAAUCGCGGGGGAAAGGGUAUCCUAUCGACUGAUACAGCAACGCAGUUUAGAUUUCGGAUUAUACCAUCAACUGCACAAAUGUAGUCUGGACAAAGCCACUGACUCUCAUGAACGUCUGGACUUUACGGGCAAUGAAGAGCAGUGCUCGACCAGUUCGGUAUCGCCACCGACACUCCGCCCACACACGGAUGAUGAGGUCGCCGGGAGACUGAUUGUAUCCCAUAGUCCCAGUGAGGUCGCCGUUUUGCAGAUGAUCCAUUCCAAGGAAGUGACGAAACAGUUCAGCCUACGGGACGUUUUGGGACAUCGAGUUCCCGAGCUGGCAGAGGAAGAAGAUAGUCAGGCCGAUCAAAAUUUACUUCAAGACGACAUUGCACCUACUUCGCUUCUCCCCAAAGCUGACGCUUCAUCCUGA